AUGUCUCUCCCCCUAGAACUAGUCCGGGAAAUCAUCCAUCUCCUACUCUUCUUCCCCCCACCGAGCCGCUCGACUCCAGAUGAUAUUGAUUGUGCAGUCAAACCCACAUGGGACACGAUCAAUGCGCUCAGCCUCACUACACGAAGCUUUCGUCCUCUAGCACUUGAAGCGUGGUUUCGGACUCUCUACAUCGAUUCGCCAGAAAAUCUAAUCUUUUUACGGGACUCAGGCUGGUUUCCUGAGCUGGGGAGUAAAUGGACCAAACACCUCCACUGCGUUCAAUCAUUCAGCAAAACCAUCUCUUUCUGGAAUCUCUCCACCUUCCUCCGCGUCUCCUCCAUUGACUGGACUGGCUCACGCGUUGAACACCUCGACUUGCGCGGAUGGAUGUCUGACCCUACGAUGAUUCACUAUAUUGCUAAUACCCCAGGCUUGGGCCAUUUGAAGACGUUGAAGAUGGUGCUAGGCACGAUGUGGUGUGAGCUUUGUCAUUCUUGCCGUGCUGUCAAGUUUAAAUACAGGCCAACGGGAGUGGUGUAUGAGGGGGGUUUGGGGUUGCCUAUCCACUACGCACGUGCUCUAGCACCACUCGAAUACCUUGAAGAGGUUGUGAUUAUUAUACACAUCCAUGACUUUGGGCGGACUGCAUUGGGUUUGAAUGCAGACUCAAAUGCGGACAUGAACCCGGAGACGACCCCCACCUCCAACACCAAUUUGAACCCGAACUUAUGGUCGGGUGAAUGCGAUAACUGUAUGGUGACGAUGUACGAUGAUGAUGCAUUCCGUGAGAAGUGGGUGGCUAGUAAGAGACGCGUCGGUCUGGCGUUCGGUCACGAUGGUGAUGACGAUGAUGACAAUGUGAGGCCACCGAAGUUGAGGAGGGUGGAGUACCAGUUCUACGGUGGAUGA